AUGUCGUCCUUUCAUCAUUGCAGUGCUAUAGUACUGUAUUGUUUUCUGUCACUCUUCGUCUCCUCCAAAGGACAAGAAGACACGAACUUUACAUCAUCCUUCCUCUGGAUAAGUGACAUCCAUUUGGAGCCAGACUAUGGCACACCGCAAGCCAUUAACCACCAUAACCACAACGAACAGUGUACGCUGACAUCUGCCAACGAAACCUUCCCCUAUGGACAGUUUGGAUGCGAUGCUCCAAUGCUGCUGGUCGAGCAGACUCUAAAUCAUGCGCAGCAGGUUGCUGCUGAGAAGGGUGGGGUCGAUUUUAUCAUUGCUUCCGGUGAUUUUUGCAGACAUGGCAACGAAUUUGUAGACAAUCCCCUGCAAAGUACACAAGAAAUUAUAGAGACUGUGAUUGAGAUGGUCCAAAGUCGUUUCCCCGGAGUGCCAAUCCUUGUCACGGUCGGAAACAAUGACUUGGUACCAGAUUACUACAUUGAUGUAGAGGAAACGGACAACAAUACCAUGUUGGAACUUGUGACCACUGCCUUUAACGACACUUUUAUUUCCGAGCAGGAAGUCUCGUCCUUUCGCAAUGGGGCGUACUUUUCUAGAAAUAUUUCGGAUACACUGACGAUUAUUUCCAUCAACACCAUCAUCUAUUCGAGGGAGCACUCGCCAGACCAACAGAAUAUUGAAGACCCAUUUGGACAAUUUGUUUGGUUAAAGGAUCAGUUAGAAUUUGCCCAGACUGCUGGACGUCGAGUCUGGAUAGUUGGGCAUAUAGCACCAACCAUUGGUUCCUAUGCACAUGACAAUCUUUGGCAUGCACCUUACAUGACUCGGUAUUAUGAUAUCAUCAAGGAAUAUUUUCCAAGCGUCAUUGGUGGGCAACUCUUUGGGCAUUUGCACACGGACGAGUUUCGUCUAGCACACGAUGUUUAUUCCUCCGAUUUUGAUCUUUUCAUGCUACGAAAAUAUCCACUCUACAUUGCGUCGUCGUUCACUUCUAUCUAUGGAUCCAAUCCAAGUUUCCGAUUGGUAACCUACGACGUAGACAGAGCAGAUCUGUUGGAUUACGAUACCUACUAUUUCAAUGUAUCCAAUCCAACGAUACCGCCAGACUGGAUAAAGUCACCAUCCUUUCGAGAAUCCUUUGACGUUCCCGAUAUGUCAAGAGAAAGUCUACGAUCCAUCAUCAACCGAUUGGCGGCUGAAUCUGCAAACAAGACGAACUCGCUUUGGGAAACCUUCAUUUCUCGUCAGAGUAUCUAUUCCCCUCCAGAAAUGGGGCCUUGCCUGGACCAAAUAUGUCGAAAGGAAUGGGUAUGUACUCUUUCUUCCAUUUUUGAGGAUCAGUACGAGGAGUGCGUAGUCGAUACAUGGAAUCCGUGGGAACACUCGUCGGUAAGCGUACCGUUUGCCCUUGUGGCAGCUUCUGUUGCUGUAGUCAUUGUUCUCCUUGGCUGCAUAUGGAAAAUCCGGCGAUGUCUACUUGUCAGACGGAACUAUGAAAUCCAAUACGACGAUGAUGAACACUUGCAGGACGAGGAUGACAAUUUUGAGAGUCAUCGCCAGUCGAUGGUGGAGAUAACUUCUGGGGAGUCAGCAGCAGCCACUGAUGACUUUAUUGAUGUACCAGAGAUAACAUGA